AUGGGCUCAGCCACCAGUCCACCCUUGGAAGACCUGAUGAUUGCUGUCUGUCCCCUUCCACAGGACUCCAAGCGCCACGUGAAAUGGCUCCGGGACAAGCCCAGCAGCUGCUCCCAAACCAGGAGAAACCACAACUGCAGCGCCGCUUCAGGCUCCACCGAGACCCCCGCCCAGGACAGGCAAAGGCCAGAUGGCUUCUCCGCCCUCCCCCGCCCCAGCUUUUCUUCCAAGUCCUCGGGGGAGGGGGCAGAAUCCCUCUUUAAGCAGCUCAGGUUUCAGGAUUGCCCGUUAAGGAACAAAGGCGCCUCCGGGAGGCGGAGAAACUGCGGCACGACCCCCCCCCCGCCUCCAAACCCGGGGAUAGGAGGGGGCGCGUCCCCGGCCCCUUGCAAGCCGGCAAGCGCAGCAUCUGCAGCCUUUGUCUCUGCCCGGCGCCCGGCAGGUCAGACGGAGGAAGCCCCGGGCGCUGCUGGAGCCAUGCAAGAGCCGGAGGCGAACUGCAGCGAGAGCCGGCGGCUGCAGCGUCUUCUGGGCCGCCUGUGGCAGGAGUUGCGCGGCGGGGGUCCCGGCCCCAGCGCUUCUUCCAGCCCCGCCGCGCGGCCCCCGGGCGAGGACGACGCCUACCUGUACAUCCUGCUGAUCAUGAUCUUCUACGGUUGUCUGGCCGGCGGGCUGAUCCUGGCUUACACGCGCUCGCGCAAACUGGAGUCCAAGCACGACCCCUACCAUCUCUACAUCGAGCGCGACUGGGCGGCGGGCGGGGGCGGCCCGGCGGGGAAGGGGGUCCCCGCCAGCCCGGGCGAGCGCAGCAGCAGCGGAGAGAGCGAGCCCCUGUGAGAGGGGGUGGGGGAGGCAGCGAGUCAGACCCCCGACUCCUUGCGGUGGUGGGGAGGGGGCUUCAGGGUUCAACAGGACUCCCACUGGCUUUCCAAGCCUCCCCCAGGAAUUGCAACGGCCCGAAGCGGAGAAGCAGCAUUAGAAAGACUGUAAAGAAGGCAAACAGGUCGUGGUCCACCCCACAAAUCAUGGGUGCCUUGGAAAGAAGAAGAAAAAAAAAAACCCAGAUUCUGACAGCUUCGAACCCAACCUGAUUACUUCAUCUGGCUCUGCUCUGCAAAAUAGGUGAGUUCUCCAGCCAGCCCUGCUCAUCCGUCUGGUUCCCGUUUUUAAGGGGGCUUGACUGCCAAAUGUCUUCUCCAGUGGAUUUUGGCUAAGAAGAAAACACAGUGUGAAAGUCAGUGACUGAUGCAAUGGCUUCAUCCCUCCUGGCAGCUGCCAGGGCCGGAUUUUGUCAAAGGAGGCCGAAAGAGACCACAGCUGCAUCCAGAGACUGGGUGAAAAUUCAGAGGUUUGAUGCCACCUUGCAAGAGAGCCAGAACAUUACAGUUCCAAAGGGCGCCAUUGUUUGUCUGCUUUCACAAUCACAAAUCAAUGCGUCUCUUUCAUAGAAUGCAGGUCCGCAUCUGUUUAAGGCAAGAGUGGACCAGCUCCAGUGUGGAGGAUUUCAGAAGGCUGUGAUGCUGGAUUUCAGAAAACUCAAGCACACAGAUGCUCCCAAAUAAUCAGAAAAGGACAUUAUCAAGAUCUCAGGAUAAGACUGAAGCAGGAUUGUUAUAGCAUGGCGUAAGAGCUGCCUCAAGCCUCAUCAAAGAUUCCUAUAAUGGAUUCAGUUGGCUUCUCAUUGUUAAAGUUUUUAGAGGAAAAAUUUAGGUAUGGGAGGACAAACACAGGUAUGAGAAGAUGGAAGGAUCUGUUUGAAAAGUAGGGCUGAUCCAAAGCCGAACCUUUAGGAUUUUGUGUCAUUGGCAGUAUCGUACUUAUGCUUCAAACCCAUAUUCCCCAACCUGAGUGGUGGCUAUCUGGGGCACAAGGAUCCCAGCAGAUACAUCUAGGGCAGUGGCCCCCAACCUUUUGGGCACCAGGACCUGGUUCUGUGGAGAGGUUUUUCCUCAGAUCAGAAGGGGUCUGGUUUUACAUACUGCCUGCAUCCUAUAGAUGGAGCUUCGCUUGCUUGCACAGCCCAGUUUCUGGCAUGCCAUGGACCAGUGCCGAGAUCCAGAGACUGGAGGUUGUAGACCCCUGGUCUAGGGCACUGGGGAAGGAUAGAGAAUUGACCUAAAGAAAUUGCUGGCACCUAGUCCUUUUCUCUGCGCGAUUUAAAGUGAUGGGAGUUAGUUGCCAAUUGCUUCACUGCCAGGUCUCAGGUCAAAUCACGGGCCAUUGGGGAAGGAGAUCUUUUCAUCUCUGGAUCUUCUCUUUUGGAAUUGGCUAGUUAAGAGAUUCAUUUAGUGUCCAUAUUAUGAGCUUUGCUGGCUGAGGAACUCUGGGAGUUGAAGUCCACAAGUCUUAAAAGAGCCAAGUUUGCAGACCUCUGCCCUAGUGUAUUUCCAAUCCAUUUUGCAGAAUUGUUUGGAUGAAUUUAUUAGUCUCACACAUAAAGGGGACCCCCUCCAACAUAUCAGAAUUUCAGAUAAUCAGAGAGAACCAAAUUCAUUUGACUUUGGCUUUGACACCAAUUGAGUUGCAAUUAAACUUUCAUUGUUUCCCCCCUAAUACUAUAUUUGCCUUAGUGGAAAAUAAAAUCCACAGAGAAAAAGAAGGAUAGAGUGAGUGGGCUGUCACAUCUCAUCUUAACAUUCUGUCCUCAAUCAUUCAUAAAGGGGUCCGGCGUACUGGAAUGGGCCAACUCGCUGUGGGACAAUCCAGAUUAUUUAAAAUAAUUAAAACAUUAUUUUACUUAUCAUUCACUUUACGUUUUGUCCCUUCUUUUGCAUCCUUUCUUUAAUUAUUCUAUCCCACAAUUUCUUCAAUAUUAGUGUAAAUCUUGUUCCAUGGUAAGUUGGUCAUGGCAAAUUGUCCCGCAGUGAGUUGGCCACAGCGGGUUGUCCCAGACCCCCUGCCCACUUCUGGUUUUGGUGAUAGUGAUGCUGAUUUUCUUCUUGGUUAUUUUGCAGCCAGCAUUUUUUUUUAAAAUUUUUUUUCAGAUGAUCAUCAAAUCCUAUAAGCAGUAUUUCAUUGGAGAGGCAAUUUCCGUAAUGAACCAAUUUUAAUCAAAUAGACAGAAAUCUUUUAAUUGAGCAAAGGUGUUGUCUUUGGUCUAAAAUGAAAUGAUAAAUGCUAUGACUUUGUUAACUGGGAAGUAGAGCUAAUGAAAACAAUUUCCAUCUUUUAAUGAUUUUUGAGAGGUAGAUUUCCAGUUCAAAUAAAAUAACAUUUACAUGAA